CGCUGGCUGCGGGCGCGCAACCGGCAUCCUCUGCGCUUGCGCGGGCGCUCACACGGUCUGCGUAGCUCCAGCGUCUCGGCCUCAAACCUUCUCCACGCAGGUGCCCCGCGAGCCCGGUUCAACCAUGUCGUCCUGCAGCCGCGUGGCGCUGGUGACCGGCGCCAACAAGGGCAUCGGCUUCGCCGUCGCGCGCGACCUGUGCCGCCAGUUCUCCGGGGACGUGGUGCUCACGGCGCGGGACGUGGCGCGGGGCCAGGCGGCCGUGAAGCAGCUGCAGGCCGAGGGCCUGAGCCCGCGCUUCCACCAGCUGGACAUCGACGACCCGCAGAGCAUCCGCGCCCUGCGCGACUUCCUGCGCAAGGAGUACGGGGGCCUGGACGUGCUGGUCAACAACGCGGGCAUCGCCUUCAAGGUUGCUGAUACCACACCUUUCCAUAUUCAAGCAGAAGUGACCCUGAAAACAAACUUUUUUGGUACCCAAGAUGUCUGCACAGAGUUACUCCCUCUGAUAAAACCCCAAGGCAGAGUGGUGAAUGUGUCUAGCACGGUGAGUCUCAGAGCCCUUAAAAACUGCAGCCCAGAGCUGCAGCAGAAGUUCCGCAGCGAGACCAUCACGGAGGAGGAGCUGGUGGGGCUCAUGAACAAGUUUGUGGAAGACACCAAGAAGGGAGUGCACCAGAAAGAGGGCUGGCCCAACACCGCAUAUGGAGUUUCAAAGAUUGGCGUCACAGUCCUGUCAAGAAUCCAGGCCAGGAAACUCAGUGAGCAGAGGAAAGGAGACAAAAUCCUCCUGAAUGCCUGCUGCCCAGGCUGGGUUAGAACCGACAUGGCAGGACCCAAGGCCACAAAAAGUCCAGAAGAAGGAGCAGAGACCCCAGUGUACCUGGCCCUUUUGCCCCCAGAUGCUGAGGGGCCUCACGGACAGUUCAUAUCAGAAAAAAAAGUUGAGCAGUGGUGAGCUGGACUCCAUGUGCCAGUCCAUCCAUGUGCCUCAUUUUGUACCCUGUCCUGAUUUGACUCAGGACAUUUACAAUGUCAAAAAUAUUGCUAUCCACACUUACACACACACAAAAAAGCCGUAAUAUCUCUACCAAGUAUUCACUAAUGUACUACUGGGGUAGGCUACUCAUUCCGUUGACUACUAAUUCUAUGAAGUCUUUUGAUUUCCUUUGUGAUGUAGGGAGAGAAAAGUGUGUAAUUGCUCAAAAUAUUGAAUGAAUGUCAAUAGAUAAAUAAAUGGUUCAAGUACUCACAUCUGCCAGUGGGUACCAAGAGAGCAGACAAUAUGUAAACCACGAGCACAGCUGGACUUGUCCCUUGGGCUUUCCAGAGACGUGGACAGUACCACAGAGGGAAAGGCAGCUGACUUGUUCUCUUUAAAUAGCCAAAGUCAUUCUGGGAAAACAACCAAUUGCAGUAUGUGAAACCUAAGUGGGGGCUUAUAUGAAACACCGGAGCAUAAGAGAGAAACAAGAGUGUUGUUAAAUUUCUCCAAUGUAAAUAUGUUAUGUAGCAAUGAAGUGUCAUGAGGUCAACAACAUUAACAUAUGUUAUAUAUGAUGUAAAAUAUACACAGAUGAACAGAGAUUUGUGAAAUAUAACAAUUUUAACAAUUGUUGAGACUUAAAGGAUGUAUGGGUGUCUAUUCUGUUCUUUCUACUUUUCUGUUUGUUGAAAGCUUUUAAAACAUGAGGGAGAAGUUCCAAGCUCUGCCACCUUAGCUCAUGAACUCAGGCAACAUCACUGCAUCUGACUGUGCCUCAGUUUCCUCCCCUGUCAAAUGGGGAUAAUAGAGGACUGUGUGUAUUGAGGUAAAGUGUUGAAAAUGGUGCCUGCUGUCAUGAGUUCCUGUAACCGGGCCUGACACUGUCCCCAGUGGGGAUGGGGAACACGUGUUCACUGCCCAACACCCAGCUGGGCUCCAAUGGGCAUCAGUAAGAGCCCACGCCUUUCUGUCCCUCCCAUGGAAUCGCUACGGGUUGCGCAAGACCCCAACCCUCAUGAUUCCUCACUCUUCCCAUGGUUUUCAGGCUUAGAGGAAUAAAACAUGAUUGCCCCGUUAAAGCAAGGAUGGGGCCCUUAUGUUAAAGUGGGGUUAACUGUACAACUUGAGCCCUUCAACAGAGCUGUUCACUUCCUCCUAGUUAUUGUACUUUUAUAAUCAGACACCAGAGCAACAACAAUGUCUGGUCAAGACUGGUAUCUCAAGUGCUGGUUUGGAAAUGUAUACUUGACUUGCAAAGAUAUUUUUCCUUUGGUACCCUAAAAAUAACACCUAGCUUUAAGACAUUUAAAGAAAGCAUGAUUCCAAAUUCAAGGACCUCAUUACCUCUGGGGUGUGGGAGGGAGGCUGUAUUACUGAGGCUUGCUUUCUCAUGCUGGGAGAUAGGUGCAUAGUUCUAAAAUGAAAUUUUCAGGAAAAGGCAAAAUCAUGACUCUCAUACAGACUAAAAAUAAACUUAUAUUUAAAAAUGUGUUUUACAAAUACGAGUAAACCAAGCAGAUGUUAUAACUGGUUCAGAGGGAAAGCUAAGAGGGUACAGAUCUAUAUGGGAAAAAAAACCUAAUGUUGAGCUGAAUUGCAAGUGUUGACAAAACUGGUGUUUCCACAGAGGGGAGGAAGUCUAAUCAGCACUAGACAGGGCAGCAUUUGCAUCCCUAUCAGUUACCUAAAAUGUAGAAAGAGAGGCAAAAUAUCUCUAAGAGCGAACAGGGCCAUAGCCCUGUGCUACAACGCUCCCCUUGGAAACACCCUUCACUCUGUUGCAGAACCCUGGCAAAACCCCAACCCACGUCCUUACCCACCAUGCUCAGCCUGCACCAGCAGCUAGAUAGCCCCGGGGGAGGGAUCACAGGAAGCCAAUUGUGCUCUUUUAUGUUACAAGUUCAAUCACAAAGUGACCACAAAUUCUAUUAUCCAAUGCUGCCUUUUUCUCUAAUAAAUUGAUUUUCCUUCUCUAUAAAAUCA